CCAUUGGCGGCUCGGCCGUGUCACUCAGCACCGCCGGGGCGUGGGCGGCGGCGGCGCGGGGCCGGGGGGAGCCGCGGGGCCGGGAGCGGGGUAGGCUGCGCCCGUACUUAAGCGCGCUGCCCGAGCCGCUGACGUCUUUCGAAUUGGAGACGGGCUGUCCCCCUCCCGCCCCGCGCUCCCGCGGACACGGCCGGGGACGGAGAGGAAGGGAAGCCUGUGCCUAUGCAAAACCUGGGAGGAGGAGGAAGCUCGCUUCCUGCCCAACUGCUCAUGCAGUCACACAGCAGCAUUUCGGCGUGACCCGCCUGCCCUUCCAGCUGAUAAUGUUUCAGGUCCUGAAGUACUUCGGAGAGGGGGAGAGAGGAACACUCGCAGGAGCUAUCAGAGCUUUUCGGUACAAGUAUCUGUCUAGAUGUCCAGGCAUGCACAAAAGCUUAGAGAUCACGAUAUAAAUCCAUGUGUAGCGGAAACAGAUGCCACUACAAAAUGUCUGGAUGAAAACAACUAUAAGAAGGAUAUGUGUACUGCUUAUUUUUUGAAGUACAAAAACUGCAGAAAAUUCUGGGUCCAAGUAGUCUCAGUAUGUGUUGCUGGAAGACUUAAGCAGAUGCACAUCAAAGCACUUAAUUCUUCUAAGUUUACCCUCUUAGGUUGUGUGUUCCUGCAGUACCUGAUGUUUCCCUCUCAAUUUGAGUCAGAUAUUUCUGGUAAUAAGUUUUCUUUUAAGCGUAGGAAAUGAAAAAGUUCUGAGGUGAGGUAAGGUUAUCUGGUUUUCCAUUGUUUUGGAUCAUGUUUGCUUUAACUUAGGAUAAAGCUUAGGAAGAGAUCAUUCUUAUUUGGUGGUUCAUUCUUAGGAAGAGUUCAUUCUUAUUGCCUUCUCUCUUGUGGUAAAGAAGUAUAAUGAGGAACUACGUGUUUUUGCUGCUUUAUUUCCUUAUGCCAUAGUAGUAAAGAGUUUUUAGCUUAACCUUUAAAUACUUGGCAAACUGCAAAAAAACUAUUUACAGACAAUUGUGCGUUAGUCUGACGGAGUGUAACGGGAAUAUGGAUUUCACUGUCUUCUGAAGCAGCAGGGUAAACUAUCAGGUAUCUUCAAUUAAGUACUAGUAAGUUUAGUUAUAGAGUAUCUGGUUCUUGAUAUAUUAGAAGUUUUUCUGUUAAAGAAUCUUGUUCGUUUGGAGCUCCGAAGCAGAGAUUCUGAGAAAUCUGUUCUCAUGGUCAUUUUAUUCUAU